AUGGGAAUUAAUGGAAGAGCCAGGACUGAGUGCGACGGACCUGGGUUUCCGCGGCGCCCCGCCCUCGUCUAUCCUUUUGAGAACGCCGUCAAGUCAGUCGUGUGUCUCGACCUGCCAAGAUCAAUUGAGGAAGCGCAAGCCCCGCGCAACAAGACUACUCGUCGGAGGUUGAUUUCCGCCCCCGCUCUCCUUGCCCCGUUUCCAACCCCGGCACCAAAGCAUGCCGCCAAUCAGUCCGCCGUCGCCUCGCCGGCCGCGCAGCUUUCCCAACUCAUGACCUGCGCUGCCGCCGAGUCUGCACUCCGGGAUUUAGAGCUGAAAUACAAGUAUCACGGUCCUUUUUGCCUGCCUCGUGUGGUCACGCGACCUGAAUCUCCGACCUCGCAGUCGCCCACACCAUUGUCCUAUUUCGUGCCUGAAUGUUCCCACGCACUCCAUGGCUCCAUCGAAGAGAAGAGUAAAACGCUGGACUCGAGCGGGCCCUUGUUCGAUCUCAUCCUCAUGGACCCGCCUUGGCCUAACCGGUCAGCGAAACGCAAGAGGGGAGGUUAUACCGUCUGCCACGGCUCUCAAGAUAUCCGCCGCUUGCUCUCCCUUAUACCGGUCAGGACAAGGCUUGCGCCUGGCGGUGUCGUUGCUGUGUGGGUUACUAACAGUCAGGCCAUGGUAGACGUCCUCACUGAGCGCGACGGCCUCUUUGCCGAAUGGGACCUCGAGCCUGCAGGAGAAUGGAUAUGGCUCAAGGUCACGGCAAAUGGCGAGCCCAUGAGCGAUAUCCACUCCACCUGGAGAAAGCCCUGGGAAAGGCUGCUAUUUGCGAGAAGGAAAGGAGACUUCAAGGUAAACAUUUUAGACAGGAAAGUGAUCCUCGCGGUUCCCGAUGUGCACUCGAGGAAGCCUAGUUUCAAACAGUUGUUUGACGAGAUGAUGCCGAGCGGCUAUCACGCGCUAGAAGUUUUUGCACGCUACCUCACGGCCGAUUCCGGUCGUCUCCGGUCGUCUAUGAGCCGAGACCCGGCGUCUUCUGUUGUCGCGGGUCUCCACCGAUAA